AUGGGUCGUAAAAAGAUACUUAUUAAGAAGAUAGCAGACGAAAGAAAUCGUCAGGUUACAUUUACAAAGCGUAAAUUAGGUCUAAUGAAAAAAGCCUAUGAAUUAAGUAUACUGUGUGAUUGUGAAAUAGCUUUAAUAGUAUUUACAAGUUCACAGAAAUUAUUCCAAUAUGCUAGUUCAGAUAUGGAUAAAAUUUUAUUACGGUAUACUGAAUUCAAUGAACCGCAUGAAUCGAAGACAAACAGAGAUAUAGCUGAGUUAAUUAAUCGUAAAGAAGGAAAAUUCUCCUAUCUCUCUGAUGGGGAUGCAGCUAGUGAUAAUAAUGAUCCAUUUUUCUCGAACACAACUGAUCAGUUAAGUGAAGCCGGUGCAUCUGUACACACUGCUGGAGUUAAAACACCAAUUCCUUCAUCUGUUUCAAUGGCACUGGAAUUCUCUGGAUCAAUACCAGAUUUAUCGAAACAUAUUCCUGAUAUCACACAUUCUGUAACACCUGAGAGUAUUACAGAACAACAACAUAUGAAUACAACACGUGCACCAAGUUCUUCAAUGCAUUUCAAUGUGUCCAGUGAACGGGAGACUAAAACAGAAAAUUUAAUCUAUCGUGAACAAGACACUAGUACUGGUGCGGGUGGCGGUGUUAUCAGUGAAUCUCGUGUUAGUGAAUUAUGCCGAGAAAUGAUGUUGGAUGAAGAAACAAGUCAACCAUACGAUUUAAAUCUACGAUCUGGUUCUAGGAAUCAUGUUCCUCAAAUCCAUUUUGAAUCUCAAAACUUUACAACAAAUAAUCGUACUGGAUCUUACUUAAUUGAUCCUAAUAUGAAAUCCAAUGUAUCCAUAGAUCAUUUAGGCUCUUUUCGAUCAGAAAAUAUGCAGACUGUUCGGAGUGAUGUUGUUCAAAACUGCUUUAAUACUCAAUUGUUGUCAGCACCAUCAGACAAUUAUGCUAAUAAUCGUUCCGUGAAUAACGCCCAUCUAAGUCCCGGUUCUUUCUCAGAACCAUCAAGUUAUGCUGUUCAACGAUCUUCAAUAAAUACAACGAAACGUGUGAAAAAACCGGUAUUUGAAGCCUAUGAUGAAUAUUUCUAUUCGAAGACGACAUCCUCACCAAAUAUUGAAUCAAGAUCACGUUCCCCGAAUAUAUCAUUGUUGAAACAAAAUGCUCUUUCUCCUUCUCCUGUUCCUGUCCCUCCUGCUCCUCCAACAACGACAGCUACCUAUUGUGAUUCACGUCGUUUGACACAUUUAUUAAGCGGUAAUCUACCGUCUGGCAAGCAUUUAGACAUCACCCCAUGGGAGAGUAGUAGUAAUCAAACGACAACAGCUAUAACUGAACCAAACAACAACAGAUCCAAUCACCAUCCUCAUUCACAGUUAUUAUACAAUAGUAAUAAUAACAAUAAUAAUAAUUCUUUUAAUUUAUCCUCAGUAUCAUCGUCAUCACCUAGUCGACAAUUAUUAUCUUCGCUACAUGAUCGUGGCAUAUCCUCUUCUUCUUCUUGUCCAGAUUCUAAGCUUAAAACUGGUGAUCUGUACAUAGCUAGUACUACUACUAAUACUGCUACUCCUGCUAAUGAUCCACAGGCCUCAUCUCUAUCCUUACAGAAGAGAAUCAGUCAUUUCCCUGGUAUUCAUGAUUCUACAGGUCCACUUAGUUCCUGUAAGUUACAACAGCAACACCCCCACCACCACCAACAACAACAACAUUCCUCAUCUCUGCUUGAUGAUGAAAUGUGCAUUUCAAAUUUAAGUCCAUUUCAUUUUAUGUCGAAUACAUUGAAUGAUGUCAUCAAUAAUAGUAAUAAUAACAAUAAUAAUUCAACAAUUUCAAGUAGUACUCAAAAUUUGAACAACACAAGCGCCAAUAAUGAUAUGAAUCGUUCCUCUAAAUUUAUUCUCUCUAACAAUAAUACUAAUAAUAGUAGUAAUACUAAUGCUAUAGUUACAACUGGUGUUGGUGGUAUUGGUACCAGUGGAGCAUUGAAUCAGAGACAAUUUAAACCGGAUCAUUUUAUAGAAUCUGUACCUAGUCCAGAAUUACUACUGUUUCUUUCAUCUAACAACAAUAAUAAUAGUAAUAAUAAUAUUAAUAGUUCAAAAACACAUCCAGCAACAGCGCCUAUGACAACAAGAGAUUCAGAUUUAUCGCAUUGUUCCUCUUCUACUUCUAAUUCUAAUAUUUCUUAUGAUUUGCACUCCUAUUCUUCAUCUUCGUUUUCCUCUUCUUCUGGAAAGAUGUGUGUACGCACAAAUAAAUCAAAAAUGCAUUUCUCAGAUUCCUUUACACAAAUCCAAUUCGGUGGGCAAUCAGAUAAUAAUCCUUGUCUUGAUGUCUUAUCAUCAUUUGAGGAUAAACCUGAUGAAUCAAAUUCGACGGCUGCUACAACUAGUAAUUCACCGGUCGACUUUUUAUCUACUCCGCUUAAACGAGUGCGCCAUCUUUAA